AUGGCGAGCCAGAUUGCUGCCUACGAGGAGGACCGAAAGGCCUACCAGGAGCAGCUCGAUGUCGUCGUGGCCGGCCUCAGCGACGAUCCCGACAAUGCGGAGCUGAAGAAUCUUCAGGCGGAGUUGCAAGAAAUGAUCUCCCUGAUUGACGAGUCCCUUGCUGAACUCAAGCCCAAGCAGGCACCCCAGCCAGCUGCGCCCGUGAAAGCCCCCACGCCCACGCCGCCCGAGCCGGAGAAGUGGUCGCGCGAGAACCACCCGGCCUUCAAGAAGACGACGACGACUGCCGCCGCCGCCGCCGCCGCCGCCCCUGCGCCGCCAGCCGAAGACGAGGCAGCCGCGGCCCAGGCCACGUACAAUGUCAACGACACGGUCCUCGCCAAAUGGGUCACGGGCGACAAGGGCUUCUACCCGGCCCGCAUCACGUCCAUCACGGGCUCGUCGACGGCGCGCGUCUACAUUGUCAAGUUCAAGAGCUACGACACGACCGAGACGCUGCGCGCCAAGGACAUCCGCCCCGUCUCCAACAAGCGCAAGGCUGACGGCACACCAGCAGCAGCAGCAGCAGCAGCGGCCGCCGCCGCCACAGCCUCCCCCGCGGCGUCGUCCUUCGCGGCCGCGGGGUCCUCGGCCAGCCACAACGGCAUCGUGACGUCGGCGUCGGCGAGCAUCUACCCGGAGCAGCAGGCGCGGCUCGACGCCGAGAAGCUGGGCGGUGACGCCGUGGCGAAGCCGCCCAAGGCGAAGAAGAUCAAGGCCAACAAGGAGCUGGAGAAGGGCAAGAGCAAGUGGCAGGAGUUCAGCAGCAAGUCCAAGUUUGGCAAGACGCAGAAGAAGGACAGCAUGUUCCGCACGCCGGAAGGCGUCCACGGCAGAGGCUUGGCUCAGGGGGGCCGCCUGCGUAGAUUGCAGGCUUGGCCUAUUGUGUCACCCAGAGUGUCAUCUCGACAUGUUGAGCUUCGCAGCAACAUCCUCGGCCAUUUUCACAAAGACACGGGCGCGCUCGCUCGUGGGCUCGGCCACGACGGUCGGCUUGCCCCUGUCGGCGUCGUCGCCAAUGGCCGGAUGCAGCGGCACGUCGGCGAGGAACUCGAUGGCGUGGUCGCGGCACAUGGCCUCGACGCGGUGGUCCGUGCCGAAGACGUUGCGCUUCCUGGUACCGGACCACUGCUCCGAAACGAACUAGAUUCCUCCAUGCUUUCACUUGGCUGCAUCGAGGCGGGCCAGGGCGAGCGCGAGGUUCGCGGCCACCGUCGACUUGCCGACGCCGCCCUUGGCCGAGGACACGGCUAUGACCUUGGCCACAUUGCGGAUCGGGCGGCGCUCGGGGCGUUUGGGCCAGUGAGGCGGCGUGCCGCUGCGGGGGAGGCCCUGGGGGAGGCCCUGGGGGAGGGGGGUUGUCAGCUGUGGUGGAGGGGCAGGCGAGUGGAGGGGCAGGCGAGUGCAGGGUCUCACCAAGGGGUUUUCAUGGCCGAGGAGGCGGGCAGAAGGCUGCAAGAGCCGUGGCGGGGUUGGUCUCAUGGUUUGUGA